CGCGGAUUGAUGAAAUCGCCUCGACCGUUUGUUACCGAUUGCGAUUUGUUGUCAAUAUUAGAUAAUUUUUGUUAACCCCAAAACGCACACCAUUCUGCAACGCUGCACCGCACGACAGGACAGGAGCGCCCGGGGCGCGACCGACACCACAGCAAACCGAAGCCAGGAACCAAGGCAAGAACAGAGAGUGAGAAGAGAUUAACACACACAAAAAAAGCGCACGAAAACAGGCUUCACACACAAAACGCGAAACGCUGGCUGGCUAGUUGCGGAACGGUAGUGUGACGUUUUGGUCCAGUUGCGGUCCUGGUGCAGGUUUUGGGCUGCAUUCGAGUGAGAAGCAAAACAGAGGGCCCUCCUGGUGAACCUGACCUGGGUGGCGGUAGUGCUCGUUGCUCGGUCGUUUCGGGUUGCUCCGUGUGGCCACGCGACUCGGCAGUGGUGAAAGAAUAGACGGGCUGCCCGUAACGGAAAACGCCCUCGAAAACCGAAAACCCCGUGCAAGCGCGUAGCAAGCGCUACAACGGCCCCUUCCUCGCAGGUUCCAGCAGCACGGUUCUCGCAGGAGGUAUCUGUCGUGGUCAAGCGACUGAGCUGUUUUUUCCCCCUGGCCCGUGUAAGGAACACGCCAGACGUUCCCGGUUUGAUGCAUGUGGGAUGUUGAGCGAUUGAUAGCGUAAAGUAAGCAGUGUCAGCAGCAGCAGCAGUAGCAGCAGCAGCAGCAGCAGUAGCAGUUAGUAGUAACCACAAACAACCAAUGCACAAGUAGAGCGUUUGCUUGCACCGUAGCAUCUGGUAGCAGACACCGUAAGCAGCAGCAGCACCGUGGAACAUUCCUUGAUGGUAGUCAAUUCGAUCGUGAAUCAAGGCGUCCCCGAGCGACCGUCAUAAAGUAGAAGAUAACCGGUGCCAACGCUAAUGUUUUAAUCGUCCGCUCAGCGUGCAGCUGUACAAUACAGAACAGAACAGUAGAUAAGCAAAGCAUAAUCAAACACACCGUUUGGCAUGGCUAAAGCGCGGCUACAUAGCAUAAUCGGGCUCGCUUCGCGGUGAGACAUAACGGUGCCCCGCGCUCAUGUGCAGCAGCGACAAUGCAGUGUAUGGAACAGGUGACAGCUCUGGUCAGUGUUUUAGUGCAACCACUGGUAGUGUCCGCACGGGAUAGCAUCGACACAAAGCGAAACUAGCCACACAGAAAGCCUGUGCCUGCGGUAUGCUACAGCUGUUGGCAAGUAGCGUCAAAGGUUCAAAACAUAAGACAAAAUAAGAAGAACGCCUCUCCUGCGUAAUCGAAACGGAAAUAAAACGCACGUAAUAUCACAGUUUCCUACUCACAUACAUAAAGGAAUUGAAGGCAGUAUCUCUGUGUGUGUGUUCAUAGAAAGGGCGACAAUGUAAUUGCAACCCUCGCAUGGUUAGAAUUGCUCACACGAAAAUGGAACUAGCGUAACACUCGAACGUCUGUAAAAAUGUUAUCCUAGUAGAAUUUAAAAACAUAAGCUUACAACAAAAUAGCUAAACCAAACGAAUAAUGAUAUACUCUCGCCAUGCGAAUUGAAUAUUUAAGUGUCAACGUGUUCUUAACAGUGCAAAACAAUUCAAAGCAAAAGUAGAGCAAUCUCUCAUUCUCCCUUCUUGCUCACUCUCGCUCACUCUAUCGCUCUAUCGAAUAGAGUAGUUGUUCGGCGAUCUGUAAGUGCGUGUGUGUCCCCAUGUGCCAUCAUCAUCCUCAUCAUCAUCGGUGUACUAUUAACGCAAGUGUGUGUCGUACGUGUGCGUGUGUGUUUGUUGUGUGAAUUCAUUCUAAUUGAAAUUUUUAAAAGAAAAGUUAAAUAAAGCCAAUCCUUCCCUCGCAAGUGUGGUGGCCUGGAUGGAUCACGCAAGGAUUAAGGGCAAACGUCAACUACCCACAACGGCGGUGGCGGUGAAAGGUGCUUGAAGCAAACUAACUAAGCAAGCCAGUGCCAUUGCCAUUUUACGAUUGCUGCUGUCAAUACAUGUUAUUGUCACCAUAGUUACCAACGAGAGCUGGGUGGUUCAUACCGUCGGUUCUGCCGUGGCCAAGAGUGUAUCGCAGUCGGAGUGACGGGGUCGGAUACACCGACACGUUGUUGUGAGUUGCAGUGUACGUGUAUGUGUAUGUGUGGGUGUACGUGCGUGUGUGUUUGACCAAAUCGGCAAAGGGAUAUAGGCUUGGCCAGAGAUUACACAACAGAGUAUCCCAGCACGCUCGCGCCGCAUCCCAGGUACGACCGAGUGUGUGGUUUGACGUGUGCUUUGGGUUGCCGCUUUAGCGACUCACCGACGCAGUUGGCGCUGGGGCAGCGUUUGCGCGACGGCUCUGAGAACGGCGCCAUUCAACGAAGGUGCCAAAGGUGCCGCCUUCCUUCAGAAGGAGGCUCCGCAUAGGCGCUAGGCUGCCAGCUGCAGGCGAUGCACCGGUUUGCGGAUCGACCGGGUGGACCUGGCCUAAGAUGGGGAGCGUGCUACUCACGGCUGUGUUCAUAGCGUUACAAUUUGCUACCGGCCUGGCCAACCCUGACUCCAAGCGUUUAUAUGACGACCUGCUGAGCAACUACAACCGACUGAUACGGCCCGUGGGCAACAACUCCGAUCGUCUGACAGUCAAGAUGGGUCUACGGCUCUCCCAGUUGAUUGAUGUGAAUCUCAAGAAUCAAAUUAUGACGACGAACGUGUGGGUAGAACAGGAAUGGAACGAUUACAAGCUCAAAUGGAACCCAGAUGAUUACGGCGGAGUGGACACCCUGCACGUCCCAUCCGAACACAUUUGGCUGCCAGAUAUAGUGUUGUAUAAUAAUGCGGACGGUAACUAUGAGGUGACAAUAAUGACAAAAGCAAUUUUACAUCAUACGGGUAAAGUAGUAUGGAAACCACCUGCCAUUUAUAAAUCAUUUUGUGAAAUCGAUGUUGAGUAUUUUCCAUUUGAUGAGCAAACAUGUUUUAUGAAAUUCGGAUCCUGGACGUACGACGGUUACAUGGUCGAUCUUCGGCACCUCCAGCAGACACCGGACUCGGACAACAUCGACAUCGGCAUCGAUCUGCAAGAUUACUAUAUAUCAGUUGAAUGGGACAUUAUGAAGGUGCCUGCCGUUAGGAAUGAAAAAUUUUAUAGUUGUUGUGAAGAACCAUAUCCGGAUAUUAUAUUUAACAUAACGUUAAGGCGAAAGACACUUUUCUACACCGUAAACUUAAUCAUACCUUGCGUUGGGAUAUCGUUCCUUUCCGUGCUAGUGUUUUAUUUGCCGAGUGACUCCGGCGAGAAGAUAUCAUUAUGUAUAAGUAUACUGCUGUCGCUGACCGUGUUUUUUCUGCUGCUUGCCGAAAUCAUUCCGCCGACGUCGCUCACCGUACCGCUGCUCGGCAAGUAUCUGCUGUUCACGAUGAUGCUCGUCACGCUCUCGGUCGUCGUCACGAUUGCCGUGCUGAACGUCAACUUUCGGUCACCCGUCACGCACCGGAUGGCACCGUGGGUGCAUCGCGUUUUUAUAGAGCUACUGCCAAAGGUGCUGUGCAUAGAGCGGCCGAAGAAGGAGGACGAACCGUCGGACAACGACGACCAGACGCCGACCGACGUACUGACGGACGUGUUCCAGGUGCCGCCGGACGUCGAAAAGUAUGUCGGCUUCUGCGGGAAGGAGUACGGCACGGACUUUGAUAUACCCGCACUGCCCCCCUCACGGUUCGAUGUGGCCGCCUCCGGUGGUGUCGGGCCGUGCUUUGGCGAGCCGCCGCUACCUGCACUGCCACUGCCGGGCGGGGACGACGAUCUGUUCAGUCCGACCGGCAACGGGGACAUGAGCCCGACGUGCUGUGGCGAUCUCAGCCCCACCUUCGAGAAGCCGCUGCUGCGCGAGAUGGAGAAAACGAUCGAAGCGUCACGGUUUGUCGCCCAGCACGUGCGGAACAAGGACAAGUUCGAAAGUAUAGAGGAAGACUGGAAGUAUGUGGCGCUCGUGCUGGAUCGUCUGUUUCUGUGGAUAUUUACGAUAGCGUGCGUGCUGGGCACCUGCCUAAUCAUUCUGCAGGCGCCCAGCCUGUACGACAACACGCAACCGAUCGACGCGAUGUACUCGAAGAUCGCCAAGAAGAAGAUGGAGCUGCUCAAAAUGGGCAGCGAGAAUGUAUAGCAUCCGCCCGGGUUCGCAUCCGCCGUUUGGAAGUAUCUUCUGAACUGGAUGCGAACCCUGGUCAACGAGGAUGACCACUAAACGCCAAUCAAGUCGGCGUGCAAUCAUGAUCAUCAACACAAACGCAUCAGCCCAUGCACAUUGACACGCGCACCCACGCACACACACACACGAUCGUACAAUAGCAAAUUGAACACAUUGAACACAGGCAGCAAACAACGAACAUGGGACAUGUGGCUCACUCUAUUGCAGCACUACUACUACUGCUACUACAACAACUACUACUACUACUAUCACUACCACUACUACUACUACUACUACUACUACCACUACUACUGCUCUAUGUCUCCCGUUCGUUCUUUCUUACGAUGUGUUCGAUUCAUUCAUCUCAGUCAGCCAGCCAUCUCCGUGCGCCACCCAUGGCAACCAUUACACACUACAGCGAGUAGCGCGCACACUUCACCAGCAAGCCACGCUGCAAAGGCACGGCUCAUGCAAAAGGCUCUUCAGCGCCUCGCAAUGCUUACACCUCCCCAGAUGUAAGCGGAAACGGAAAGCGAACUACACACACACACACACGUUCCUUUCAUCAUGAUUAUGCGCGUUAUGUUUUCCUUCCUACCCUGGUAUUGUUUCCUUCAGCUUCCAUCCCUCCCAUCAACAACCAACCGCGGCGUGUAGGUAAAACAUGCAACGUGUCAAUAACAAUCAAAUUAAGGUUAAUGUAAACGAUAGCUCAGGCGGUAGGGCCCCGGAACGUGAAGAAAGGCAGGGAAGCGGACAGACACUACUGUCCCUCCCACACACAGGCAAGGCUUAGGAGAAGAAAUUGUAGCAAAACACGUCGUUGGCCGGUUCGAUUUAGGGCACCAUCCAAACAUUGCCACCAUAGUAGCUCCCUCGCGUUGCGGGAAAACACUUGUCAUUCGGUAGCCAGGAAACCAGCAAAACACUUCACGGCACAGAACCGUAAACGAAAAACGAGAUGGGUGCGAGGGCCUCCGGGCGAAGAUUAAUUAACGGUCGCGUUCAGCGGGCGCGCUCUCCAUUACUACUACCGCGGCACCCUGCCUUGCGCAUAGCGAUCGCAGUGCGAUCAAAUCGAAGAAGACGGCAGCUUAGCAAACCGUUGCGUAGCGGUAAUUGUUUGCAUUUUGUUUGGCCACGGUAUGCGCCAAAGGUAGUGCGGAGGUUACCGUUUUCGAGCAGUACUUUUUCAAUUUUACCCACCGUUACUGAGUUGGUUUCGAAAUGGAUACAAACUCUUUGUGGUCGCAGUUUGUUGGAUUUAUGCUUUAUUAGUAGGCGAGUAACUCACACACAUACAUACACACACACACACAGACAGUCAGACACAUCAGCAUGCAUUCAAAGUAGGGUUUUGGUUGUUAAAUGCCAUGCACCAGGGCCACCGGCGCACGACAGUAGCAUAACGUUAUCAGCGCCCACGCAACGCAGCCGGCAUACGCGCGGCAACGUGUUUUAUACGGUUUUAUUAGCGCAAAUUAAAUUUAUUAGCACCAGUGUUGUGCACCUGUUGUCACGCGGAACGGUUUGUUUGUAUGUAGGGUUUGAUUGUUUGUUUGUUUUUCGCCCUUUCGAUACAUUAAAGUUAAAUUCAUUCGAUGUAAGAACUUACGGCGUUACAAGCCGCAGGCGCUUUGCGUUGCACUUGCGCAAACUUAUUACGCCAGCAGGAAGGGAGUACAUUACUUAGGUUGAAAGAUAGUGAUUUUAACUCGACUGUUGUAAAUGUUUCAAAGAAGCGGAGCGAAAUGUUUCCCUCUCACCAUCCCUUCCCCCCUCCCGCCCAUCACUUCCACCUUCCCAAUUCUUGUAAAAAGCUACACACUAUAACCAGAAGCGCCCGUUACCGGCGUGCGCGAUAACGCAUGAUGGCGCACCCGGGUGUCGUCGUACGUGCGGCGUUAGGGAAUAAUAUGUUUAAAAAACAAAUGAAUACAAUCAGCAUGAAUUGGUCUGAUAAUGAAGUGUCUUAACUACAGGAAAUUCUACCAAAAUUCCCGAUUAUAUAAAACAGCGAAGCACUAGGGAGCCGAUCCGACGCGUGUCGCGUGACAGUGCAGGAUUAAGGUGGGGCCCCAAAAGGCAUAAUGUACAAACCCAUGGCGAAUACGAUCCGCAGCAGGUUUUGGCCCCGCUCUAGAACAUCAGCAGGAAAGAGAACGGUGCGAACGCGUUUAAUGUAAAAAUUAAUAAGCAAUUAAUGUGUCACGCAAAAAAAAAACAAACAACCGAAACCACGAAUAACAAAACAAAACCAUGGUAGCGUUUUAUACAGCAACCGGCAAACACAAACGCCGCAAAAGCCCGUCUCCAUCUCAACUCGCAACUAGGAUAAUGCUGGGGAGUACUGGGGUAGAGCCAUUUCUAACUAAUUGAGUGAAAUAAUCAAAACUACUACACACCACCACACACGGUGGAAAGAGGCAGACGGCUAGAAGGUUUGCAAGAAGAAGAAGAAGAAGAAGAAGAAGAAGAAGAAGAAGAAGAAGAAGAAGAAGAAGAAGAGUAAAUGCGUUUUAGACGAAAGCUAACUUAAUAGUUCACAAUCAUAGCAAGUUCAAGGGCGUAAAGGCAAGUAAGUAAGCAAACAUCAUUCCACAAAGAGAUGAAAGAGAAAAAAAGAAGUUAUUAAAUCCUACAAGUACUGUUAGAUAACAAAAAAAACACUCAAACACAUACACACACACAUUUUUUACUAAGCCAAAAACCUAGCUAAGUCGAUUAAUGUACUUAAAAGUAUUCGCUAUAGGACGAGUGUGUAUGUAUUUUAUAUUCAACGUGACAGUAACAAAACCAAACAAAAAAAAACAAAGGGAAUUGAUGCGAUAGUUGAGUAAGGUUGGGGAAAGGUGGUGGGUACUUUUGUUACUAGUGCUGCACACAAACACACUCACACACACACACACACACUCACACCUACAAAUACAGAAAAUAAAUUAAAACGCGUUGUAUAUUACAGGAACUAACACAUAGCACUGCAAAGCGUGUGUGAAGCGUGUACGUAAGUUAUAAAGAUUUUCGUACAAAAAAAAAAACAAAACAAACAAACAUAAAACAACAAGUAAUGCUAUAAAUGUAUCUGUAGUUAGAAUUUGUAUCAGUCGCACACGAGUCGAUUAUGGUGCGUUGUGCGCGGGCGAAAAGGACUCAUCAAAAAGGUUGGUGAAACACGUAAAUUAAAAAAAACACACACACACACAGACACACUAGUCCGCAGAUCGGAACACGGGUGCGCCGCCACCUGGCGUACCGGGUUGUGCAGCUGGUGCAUCACGAUCUCAAGGCGGUGGAUCACAUUAACAAACAAAACAUACCAAACACAAAAACCAAUAGUUUUAGUCAAAUGAUAGCCGUAAGCAUGCUGACGGUAUUGUAAUAAUCGCCAGUAUAGAUGAUGAUGGGAGGGGAGGCAGUAGAGCGCACGGUUCACGUUUCAGUCACGCUGGUCACACCUCCACGCCGCUUCCCUUCCCCCUCUACGACAAACACAUCGAAGCUACAGCUGCUCGACCGAGAGAGAGAGAGCGACAGAAAAAGAGGGAGAGAAAGUGAGAGAAUAGCCAAUGGGACUACUCCAUGCCGGAUGGCCACGCUGAAUUGAACGACCUGUGGACGGUUCGAAAAUCAACUUUUUAAUCAACCAAAUACAAAACGAAACCAAAACAAAACAAACCCCCCCCCCAUCGUACAGUGCUGAAGGUGGGCUCAACAAAAAAUACAUAGCAGCAACAACAACAACAACAA